AUGACUGCUAUCUUCCUGAUGUCCAUGAUUUUUGGCCUUGCAUGUGGACAAGCAAUGUCUUUUUGUAUUCCAACUGAGUAUAUGAUGCAUGUCGAAAGGAAAGAAUGUGCUUACUGCCUAACCAUCAACACCACCAUCUGUGCUGGUUAUUGUAUGACACGGGAUGUCAACGGCAAGCUGUUUCUUCCCAAAUAUGCCCUGUCUCAGGAUGUCUGUACAUACAGAGACUUCAUGUACAAGACUGCAGAAGUACCAGGAUGCCCACGCCAUGUUACUCCUUAUUUCUCCUACCCAGUAGCUAUAAGCUGUAAGUGUGGCAAGUGUAAUACUGACUAUAGUGAUUGUAUACACGAGGCCAUCAAAACAAACUACUGUACCAAACCUCAGAAGUCCUAUGUGGUGGGAUUUUCUAUCUAA